AUGAUCGCAGCAGGUGAAAAAAAAAUGUUGCUCUACGUUUUAGAAUCCCAGCUUCUACGCUUUCAACAAUAUGAAGGUAUUCCUGUUCAAUGUGAGGAGGUUGAAGUUCUGCUUAGCACAUGGAACAGACUAGAAUUUCCCGUAUCAUUUGAAGAAUUUGUUCACUUUGACGAUAAUGUCUCAACUGCUGGUAAUUUUACUGACGAGGAAAUUAUUCAAUCUACUUCAGUCAAUCAGCACAAUUCUAACAAUAAUGACGAUUAG